AGACUCAUACACCUUUAUUUCGAAUAUUGAACGUUUGAAAAUUUGGUGUAGAAUGCGCAGGAAUUAGUAUUUCAAAUUGUAUAAUAAUUUUAUAUUGGAUACUACACUAUUCGCGUCUUAGGCUAUAGAGGAACAUUUGAAUCAAUCAUUCAGACUGUAUUCAUGCUCUAUGUUAUUACAGAAUCUAUCCAGUUGAUACAUUUGCAUUACCAGAGGAAGAGAAAGACAAUUACAUACGCAUGAAGAAGGAAAAAUUAGGAUCUGAGGAACUGGAAUCAGUGAAACAACUUUAUCUUCAACGACUACAGAGCACUUAUCAAGUUAGCUACAACUGCAAUCUAGAUAAAGAUGAAGAUCUCCUAGCAAAGGACACAAUGAUGAUUGAGUCAAGAAAACUGUACUACCCUCCAUGCAAGAAACUACUGCCUCCUGUACCUUCAUCUAGAAGAGUUUUAGGCUACUGCAGACCAAGUCUCUACUACACGGAGCUAUCUGAAUACCAGGGAACAUACUCUUACCUGGGUUACAGCAUUCUCAACGAUUUAGAAGAAAAAGGAAUUUCCAGAUUGGCUCCACGAGCCGGAUGUCGUUGAAAAAAUAAACUUUAUAUCACAUAUUUCAAAAAUUAUAUACAUGAACAAAUUUUAGGAAAUAAAUAGAAAUCAAUUAUGACGA